UUUACCACCAAUGAUGCAGCAAUUGAGAAAACUCCUGAUAUCAUAGAUUAUAAGUAGAUAUAUCUAUGCUGCCAGUUAUUAGUAUCAUGGAGUGUUCUCCCCAAUCGUCUCAAGAGGCGUCGGCGCGCCAUGCCAAGAUAAUGGUAUACCGACUUGUUUUGAUUGUUACUGUCUCAUGAGGCAGUUGGAGACAACAAAAAGUGCGCCUCUCUUCAAGGAUGAAAUCAGUACUUAUGCCAGCUGGCAUAGCCGGCAGCUACCUCAGCCUAUCUGAUGCGAAGUCCCUUUGGUCGAGGAGUCCUGCGACAUACGGCCCCGAUGACUCAGACAGUUAUAUCCUUAAAACCGGCUAUCCUGUUGGAAAUGGGAAGCUCGGAAUCAUUUCAUUCGGACAGCCGGCUUCUGAGAAGUUAAGUCUCAAUGUAGACUCAUUGUGGUCUGGAGGGCCUUUCGAGAAUUCCAGCUACGCUGGCGGAAAUCCCACGGAACCAAAAUAUGCAGCACUUCAAGAGAUUCGGGCAGCUAUCUUCCAAAAUGGAACCGGUGACCUGGCUCCCCUCCUUGGCACAGGAAUGAACUACGGCUCAAACCGAGUCCUCGGCAACGUGACUAUCACAAUCCCCGGAAUUGAGUCUUAUGACAACUACAAGAGAAGCCUUGACCUUAAGACGGGUAUACAUGCGACACAAUUCACUUCCAAUGAAGCGAAUUUCACGACCGCGCUUUUCUGUUCAUAUCCUGACCACGUAUGCGUUUAUCAUAUCGAGUCAACGAGCGCUCUUCCCGAUAUCACAGUUAGCUUUGAAAACAUGCUUACCUCUCAGGACCUCGUGACAACCACUUGUAGUGCCGACUCAGUCCAACUUACGGGGUACACGCGAGCGGGCUCGCCACAGAGUAUGAAAUAUAGCGCAAUCGCAAGAGCUUUAGGUAAUGCUACGAUGAGCAGCUGCUCUGAUUUCGGCAGCCUUAUUAUUCGAUCCGCGGAGACACAGAAAUCGCAGACAUUUGUUAUCGCGGCAGACACGAACUACGACCAGAAGAAAGGCACGAAGGAAGCUAGCUACUCAUUCCGAGGGGAAGACCCAGUUCCCGUUGUUUCCAAGAUUGCCUCCCAGGCGGUAUCCAAGGAGUACAAAACCCUGCUUGCUAGACACUUACAGGACUAUCAACAGCUAGAAGGGGCUUUUAGCUUAGAGUUGCCUGAUCCGAACAAUUCCUCCAAACUCGAGACGGCAGUCGUGUUUUCCAAUUACGAUUGGACGGGCUCAGGGGACCCCUUCCUAGAGUCUCUGCUAUUCGAUUACUCUCGCCACUUACUCAUUUCAUCGUCCCGGGAUAACUCGUUGCCAGCUAACCUUCAGGGUCGAUGGACCGAACGUCUCGAAUCUGCCUGGGGUGCUGAUUAUCACGCCAAUAUCAACUUACAGAUGAACUACUGGGCCGCUGAGCAGACCGGGCUGGGGGAUACAGAAGGGGCCCUCUGGGACUACAUGGAAGAUACGUGGGUUCCCCGUGGGACCGAAACGGCCAGACUUCUCUACAAUGCUAGUGGCUGGGUUGUACAUAAUGAGAUGAAUAUCUUUGGUCAUACAGCAAUGAAGGAGGAUGCUUUAUGGGCGAAUUACCCAGCUGCUGCCGCGUGGAUGAUGCAGCACGUAUGGGAUCACUUCGACUACACCCAAGACGUCAACUGGUUACGCAACCAGGGCUACCCGCUUUUGAAAGGUGUCGCUCAAUUCUGGGUAUCGCAGCUUCAAGAAGAUCUCUUCUUCAACGACGGGACACUCGUAGUGAAUCCAUGCAAUAGCCCUGAGACGGGCCCGACAACAUUCGGAUACACGCAUUACCAGCAGCUCAUCCACCAGGUAUUCGACAACGUGCUCUCCAGCGCCGCCAUCAUCGGCGAAGAGGACAAGGGUUUCCUCGACAGUGUUAGUUCUAGUCUCGCGAGACUGGAUACUGGGGUCCAUUUCACGAGCUGGGGCGGGAUAAAAGAAUGGAAAAUGCCGGAUUCCUACGGUUAUGAUGGCAAGAGCACUCACCGACACCUGUCGCACCUUGUAGGGUGGUAUCCGGGUUAUUCGGUAUCGUCGUAUACCGGCGGUUAUAGCAAUUCCACCAUUCAAGACGCCGUCAGGGAGACGUUGAUAGCACGUGGCUUGGGAAAUGGCGCGGAUGCGAAUGCAGGGUGGGAAAAGGUCUGGCGCGCCGCGUGUUGGGCACGACUGAAUGAUACGGAUAUGGCGUACAAGGAACUGCGCUACGCUAUCGAUACCAAUUUCGCUAAUAAUGGCUUUAGCAUGUAUAAUGCGCAGAAUCAACCCUUCCAGAUUGAUGCCAACUUUGGCCUCGCUGGUGCUGUCCUGAGUAUGUUGGUUGUUGACUUGCCGGUGGCGUAUGGGGCACAGAAAGAGAGGACUGUGGUGCUUGGGCCUGCUAUCCCUGCUGCAUGGGGCCAUGGAAGUUUGUCUGGGCUUAGGAUCCGGGGAGGAGUGUUUGUUGAUUUCAAGUGGGAUGGUGAUGGACUCGUGACGAGCGCAACGCCUACUGCUUCUGCGAGGACGAGCGGUAGAAUAGUAAUUGUUUUUGUCAACGUCAGAGGUGAUAGGCUAGCAAGGAUCUAAUGUCCCUUCCGUCUGUAAAUGAGGCGGUUGGUUUGCGAAACGAAUUAAGGGAUACAAUGAAAGGACAUUGUUUGUUAUAUUGAGCCUAUUUUCGCACA